CUCUAGACAUCAACAGCAAGAUACUGAAAAGCACAAGAAACAAAACAUUCAAACUUAUCAUGAAUUUUUCAUAAAACCAACAAAAAUAAUGAUUAAAAAGAUGAUUAAAUGCAGAAUAAACUCCACAGAACACAGAAACAAGGAUCUUUCAUGAUUACAGCAAAAACAGAAAAUGAUGCUCCAGCUUGUUACUGGUUAAUGAUUACAGUGUUGACAUAAAGACUCACAUGGCUGCAUGAGAUCCAAACAUGAUAGUACAAGAACUCACUUCAACCAUAAACUAACAGCUGACCAGCAGUGGUGGGCUGAUGGGGAUGUUUCUUUAUGUGCAGACAAACAUGAGUUUGUGUUUUAAAGAAAAGCUGUAUCCAUCUUCUUCAGAGCCAGCAGGAUGAGGCAGAGUGUGGCCCCAGGGCCGAGCCACCAGCAGCAGAGCAGCAGAGGACACGAGCAUAAAGGAAACAAAGAGGCGCGCAUGAAAGCCGCGAGUCCAUGGAUGCCAUCAUGUGGAAAGCAGGCCUUUAUGCUCACACUGUAAGGAGAUGGAUGUGUGCGCAAUAAGGAGACCUGAAAGCUUGCACACGUGUGCUGCUGUGGCAGUAAAACACAAAAAGGAAGGUCUGAUGUUGUGUAAGGAGUGAAAAUAAAAACAAAAUGACAGAAAGAAAUCACCACAUGACCUCACAGCAUCUCAGUUUAUUCUGUUUUUCAUCUAUCUGAACUCUGAAGCAUGGAUUUGUGUCCACAAACACCAGCGAGGUCAUCUGAGGUAGUGUUAGUCAAUGCUAAUCCUCACUCCUGUUAAGGGUUAUAUACAGACACCAAAACAGCUUCUGCAUCAGCCUGUCAGUAUGUUUAUGUUAACAGGACUUUGUGAGGACUGGCUCACAACUGGUGCCUCUGGUGGCCGGCAGAGGAACAGCAGCUUGUGGUUUCAGAUGGAAUUUCAUGGUCGCUGUCCUCCGCAAACAGGUGGGCUUCAGGCUGAGUGUGCAAGCAGGUUGGGCUGUCUCUGUAUUAGGAACCAAUGCAAGGAGAUCACAGAUGACUGACAGGGAGAGGUCAGAGUGACAGGAAACAGGAGCAAAGGUUUAUAAAUCAAGACAAAACAAACUUCACGGAAAUAAAAAGUUUUCAUGUAUCUUCUUCUCCAACACUGAAAUACUGACUCUGUUCUGUCCUUGGUGAACAAAACAAACACACCUUAAACAUGGAGCUGUGGUAUUAAGCUGUGGAAUUUUAAUUUCAUCUGAUAUUUGAUAUGUUUUGUUUCAAUAUAUUUUUACACGCAGCAUUUUAUGUAUGUUCAUGUAUUUUUUUUAUGGCCCUUUACAAGGAGACGCUGCAGGUUAACUUUAACUAAAGUUUAUUAUAAAAGUUAAAACAGGAAUUUAUGAUCAACAAAAUAAAUAAAAUAAAGCUGAGAAUGGGCAGCUGUGGCGCUCGUAACCUUUGACCUCUUCAUUCACACUGCCUGAGAAGCUCACAGGUGUGUACCGGAGUGGGAGCGCGCAGGUGAGACGUGUGGGCUUUUUGCCACAGACCGUCACGUUGUGUUGGAUCAGACUUUGAUCUUUGAGGUUUUCAGUGACAUUUUUAAACCGUCGCUGUUUGCACGUGCGCGCGGACUGUCCCCUGCGCAGAAAUCCAAAUAAAUGAAAGUGAAUAUUAAAAAAUGAGAUGGUCAGUGCGCGCGCUUUGUCCCCACCGGGGGCUCUUUCCCAGUGAGAGAGAGAGAGAGAGAGAGAGAGGAGCGCAGCAGGUCGAGCAACACUUUUGACGUCAGGAGUGAUCACUGCUGCUUCUCUCUCUCUCUCUCUCUCUCUCUCUCUCUCUCUCUCUCUGUGUGUAUCAUCCGGGUCUUCUUCUCCUUUUGUGCGCUUUUCCCGUCCGUUUGGCGCAGACGUGCGGCGGCUCGGAGCCUGAAGAACAGAAGACCCUCCACAGAUGCGGUCCCUUGAGUAGGAGCUGCAGGAGCUGCGUCUCCCCCGCUGCUCCUCUCUGUGAGUUUCCUGGAGGAUGUUCGCGCUCAGGAUCAACAAGUCUAUCCUGCUCUGCGCGCUGUAACUGUGGAUGGCUGCGGGAUGGAGAUAGCCUUGGUGAGCUUUGAGAACGGCGGCGCCAAAGGGAGCGGUGGAGGAGGAGGAGUUGGAGGCAACAAUGCCGAGGAGAGCUGCCGGAACGCGCUGGAUGUCCCUCAGCCGGGCUUCGUUCAGGGCGGGCGGGGAGAGGACUACAGCAAGGAGCUGAACACCCGGGGCGGCCCGCAGCCGCCGCACAGCCCCUGGAAGAUCAAUGACAUGAACAACACUCUGAGCUGCAGCGAGAACGCCAUGGAUGCGCUUUUACGCGCGGACCACAGUCCCCACCUCUUCGACGAGGACAUGCUGGACAUGGACAUGGAUACGGAGAGCAACGAGAGGGUGCUCAUCAACAUCGCGGGUCUGAGGUACGAGACCCAGCUGGGUACCCUCAACCAGUUCCCUGACACUUUAUUGGGAGACCCCGCUAAGAGGAUCAAGUACUUCGACCCGCUCCGGAACGAGUACUUCUUCGACCGGAACCGGCCGAGCUUCGACGGGAUACUGUAUUUUUAUCAGUCCGGAGGAAAGAUCCGGAGACCCGUCAACGUGUCCAUAGACGUGUUUGCAGACGAGAUCCGGUUCUACCAGCUGGGGGAGGAGGCCAUGGACCGGUUCCGCGAGGAUGAGGGCUUCAUUAAAGAGGAGGAGAAGCCGCUGCCGCAGAACGAGUUCCAGAAGCAGGUCUGGCUCAUCUUCGAGUACCCGGAGAGUUCCAGCCCGGCCCGGGGCAUCGCCAUCGUGUCCGUGAUCGUCAUCACCAUAUCCAUCAUCACCUUCUGCCUGGAAACGCUGCCGGAAUUCAGGGAUGAGAGGGAGCUGGCGGUCACCAGCCGUCUGGACAACAGCACGGCGCCCCGGCCGUCGCUCACCUUCACCGACCCCUUCUUCAUCAUCGAGACCACGUGCGUCAUCUGGUUCACCUUCGAGCUCAUCGUGCGCUUUUUUGCGUGCCCCAGCAAGUCCGAGUUCUCCAAGACCAUCAUGAACAUCAUCGACAUCAUGUCCAUCAUGCCUUACUUCAUCACCGUGGGCACGGAGCUGGCGGAGCAGCAGGGCCAGGAGCACCAGAACGGUCAGCAGGCCAUGUCUCUAGCCAUCCUGAGGGUCAUCCGCUUGGUCCGGGUCUUCCGCAUCUUCAAGCUGUCCCGACACUCCAAAGGGCUGCAGAUCCUGGGCCAGACUCUGAAGGCCAGCAUGCGCGAGCUUGGCCUGCUCAUCUUCUUUCUCUUCAUCGGGGUCAUCCUCUUCUCCAGCGCUGUGUACUUCGCUGAAGCUGACGAGCCGGAGUCCCACUUCUCCAGCAUCCCCGACGCCUUCUGGUGGGCGGUAGUCACCAUGACGACAGUGGGUUACGGUGACAUGAGGCCCGUGACAGUCGGGGGGAAGAUCGUGGGCUCUCUGUGCGCCAUCGCCGGAGUGCUGACCAUCGCGCUGCCGGUGCCCGUCAUCGUGUCCAACUUCAACUACUUCUACCACCGGGAGACGGACCAGGAUCAGUCCUCCCUGAAGGACGAGCCCAACAGCGGCAGAGAGAGCCCCGAGCUUAAGCGCAAAGGCAGCAAAGCGUCCGUGAAGUCUCAGGAUGUGGAGAACAACGAGGCGGGCGCUUCGGUGGAGAAAACGAACAUCAAAGCAAACAGCAGCGUGGACUUCAAGAGAUCCCUUUACGCGUUCUGUCUGGACACGCGGGAGACGGACCUGUAGCCGUGCACGAGCACACCCGGGCUUAAAGCAGAUACAGUCGUGUAGAAUAAACCCCGUUAAUGGGCUCUUAAGUCUUUGCACAUUGCAGUUGGAGGAUCAACACAUUGCAAUCCUGAAAAGUUUUAAGAGGGUUGGUUUAUAAAAAGCACACUUUAAUCCCCAUCAUCUGGUAAGCACGACAGUUAAAAGUGCGGAGUUAUGAACGAGCUGCAGCGCAUGUGAUGCAACACAGAGGCCCUUUAAUAAAGCAGGGACACCUGCAGAGCAUCAAAUCUAACUCAUGGAUGAAUUAGAGGGAAGUGGGACAUUAGAUGCUGCAGAUAAUCAGGGACAAGCACGACUCGGAAUAAUUACUUGACACAGUGAGAGGAUUACCGGGACCAACCAGACUGUGUAUAUAAUGCAGGACGCAGACCACAUUCAGUAGUGCAACAACAACAAAUAAUAAUAAUAAUAAUUUCCCAACUGUGAUGUUUAUACUGGCAGCAGACGUGUAAAUAUUCCCCACAGGCUGCUCUUAUUGUAGAAAAACAAAAGUAUAUUUUUGAGAUGCAGACACCUGUUUUCCUUCACUCAGGUUCUGUUUAAAUCAGAGAGGGUUUGGGGGGGACCUCAGCCUUGAACUUUUAAAUAAAGAACAUUUGGGAUUUUUUUUAAACUGAGGGACCAACAGCCAAGAAAAGAGGACAGAGCAGAAACCGUCUGGAGAGAUCAAGCAUCAGCGAUACCAGAGAGUUUAAGCCCUGCCCUCCAACCAUCAGGAGAGUCGAUCCGACCACAGAAAUCCCCUACAUCAGGAAACGCCAACAACUAAAAACCUGCUGCUGUGCUUUGAAAAUCAGCAUCAUCCACCCUUUUUAGAACUCUGUGCCUUCAACCAAAACUCACCAGUGAUACUUCUGAAGCUUUCUUUUUUCUUUUCUUUUUUUUUACUUUUUUUCUUUUUUCAAGCAGGACUCAGAGGACAUAUCUGCCUGAUGAGGGAGGGCCCGGGAUCCUGCUGCUGUCUCUCUGAAGAAAAAAAAAACAAUCAAACCCGACAUGCAACGUUUCAAUCAUUUUAACAUCCCACUGUGUUCUUUUUUUAAUCAACCAACUGUGUCAGUGAUUUACUUCAUAUCGGAAGAAAUCCCUUGCUGUGCAAUAUCAUCGAUAUUUACGUGAAGCUGUUAUGUGGAUGUAGACUUUGGAUGAACUUUUUGGUUUAUUUUUGUAAUGAUGUUUUCCUGAUUUCUAUUUUUCUAAAACGGUGUAAGAGAGAUGAGGGGAUACAAACAAAAAACAAAUUUUAACAAAGACGGGACCUUCACUUGUAGGUAAAAAGGGUGUUUAGUUUUCCUUAAAUCCUCCCCUUCCUGCUGUGACCAGGGCCAAAGCCAUAGCCUAUCUCAGAUAACAAUGGACGAAGCAUUUCAAAUGACCAGUGUCCCUAACAGCAAGAUGCAUUCAGGGUCUCACAUUCUCACGUGUCAGCUCAUCUUAGCUGUUUGUUUCCUGUUUUUUUUCAGGGCCUUGAAUCCGAAGUAUUUAGUACUCUCUACCUUUGUGUGGCCUGUUUUUCUUGCUGUUAUUUUGUACUUCCUCCUACAUAUCAGUCAAGCAACUUUAAGUGGCAUGAUUAUGUGUGCCUGUAGAGAGAGACAUGAAUGAGUGUCUUCUUCACAAAUUGGACAUAAAGUACCGUAAACUUUCAAAUAUGUCAGAGAAUAAUGGCUGGAUAACAAAUCCAUGAAACAGGGAUCUAGUGGUUUAAAAAAUGUGGAGUCAAUUAGUUAAGUGUCUAAAAUACAAAUGCUUUUUCUAGAAUAACCCUUUAUUUGGAAGCAUACUCAAAAAAACCACCCAUUCAAACUGUAACUUUUCUAUGAGCUUUAUAAAAAAUGAAAAAAAGAAAUAACUUUACCAGCAAUUACAGAUUUCAAGGGUUACAUGACAGCUUAUCGAUUAUAUAUUUAUUAUUUACUAUUAUAUAUUUAUUUUUAAAAUUAUAUAAAUGAGUCCUCAUGUAGUACCUCUACAGGGCAGCCAAGUGAACUAAGCAAAGGAUUGGAGCUGGUAAUUCCUAUAAAACUGUCUGUCCACACCCUAAACAUCUCAGUUAAGUGUGUUCGUCUCCUUUGGAUGCUUUAUAAAUGUGAUAAAUCUGAAAUAUCUCUGGAUUUCAAGUGAAUUUGCAGAACAACGGGAAAACAAGGGUCCUGCUGCUUUUUGGAGACUGAAAUGUUGAUGUUGUAUUAAACUGGCAUCCUAAAGGAUUCUAAAAUGUCAUUUUGUCAGAUACCUCACAUAACAGCACACACACCAAAACAACACUUUGUGUGUAAAUGACCAUUGCCAGAAGCUGUGACAGGGCAGCACAAAUUGACAUCCAGUUCAAUAUUUUAUCAAGCAAAUCUUCAUUUUCUGACCUAUUUAAUUUUAUUUAAAAAAGGCUUUCUGUAACAUUAAAGUUCCAGAGUGUGAAAUAUCACCACCAGAUGUCAGCAGAUUGCAGACUGCAGUCAACUGAGUUCUGUUUUUUUUUGCAUCUCCCAAUUCAAGUACAUACCUAGCGACGGUGGCCACUGUAGGACAAACAAAUUUUAAUCAGCCAAGAGAUAUCUAAAACAUCACAUAAUGGCUGUAGUUAAAACACUGUAACUAAUAUAUUAUAUAAUAAAAUAAUAUCCAAACUAUUUUUAACAUGUUUGAAUAAUAUUAACACUUAGCAAUAAAUCAGAAAAUUUAAAAAAAUGCUUCACUUAAAUAUUUUAUGUUUUUAUCCCUGAGACACCUCAAAGCUUUAGUUGCUGUUCAUCUGUAGUGAGUGUACUCAGAAAGCAAAGUCACUCCAGACCAGAUCAGCCCUAGAUUUUUUUCCCCCAUCUUUGUCAGUCCACUGUUUACCUCAGCUGUCAAUGCCGGGUGAGAAGCAUCCACAUCUAGAGGCUGAAAAACUUUGUGAAAGAAGUCAGACACGAGUCAAUGUGUUAGUGAAGAAAACUUCUGUCUGAUAACAGUGAUAACUGAGGUGACUUGUUGAGUAUAACAACAACUCAACUUAUAUAAAUAGUUUCUUUUUAAGAUGCUUUGUUGAAGUUAGACUUAUAUUUUGUGAGACGAACCAUUUAAAGCCAUCUUUGAAAACCGAAACCUCAAAAUUAAGUAAGUAGAAUUUUAUUUAUAUAGCACCUUUCAAGACAGAGAUCACAAAGUGCUUCAUAAAGAAAUGCCAGAGCAUUUACAACAAAAAAGACAAAAAGAAGUUAACCAAACACAAAGAUUAGUUUUUAGUUGUUUUUUUAAAAGAGACUACAGAGACUACAGUGUCCACAGAUCUCAAGGUCAAAGGUGGAGAGUUCCAGAGUCUGGGGGCCACAGUGGCAAAAGUUAUGUCUCCCUUAGUUCUCAGCCAUGCUACUAUAUAAGCUAAGAUUCAAAGAUUUCUAAAAGUUUUACAGAAAAUAAGCUCUGUCUGUAAAGACUACGAGCCAGAAAACUUGAAACUUAACUGGGAAAGCUUUAAUAAAUCCAGUUUUAAACAUCAUUUAUAACACCAUCUCCAGUUACUGGAUUUAAAGGUGUUCUGUCCCAUAUAACAAUAAGAACUUGUGCCUCUUCUCACUUUAACUUUGAUUUGAUCCAUAAGUCAUUCCACAGGCACAACAGGUCAGCUAACAUUGGCCAACCACCACAGCCGACUGAGAGAAUAAUCAAAAUAUGAGCACAGAUUUUCACUCAGCACUUUUGGAAAGAAGAUACUGCAGAGAUGUGAUAUAUGGUUUAUAAACUCUAAGAUUCUAUUAGCUUGUUGUAUAUCAAUCCUUACAAAUGUGCUGUACAGUGGUUUAUAGUUUGCAUCUAAAAGAUAGAUAUGAAAUCCUGAUAUGAAGCCUCCAGCUGAGCGUGCUCAUGCUUGACCAGAGAGCAGAUGUUUACCGGGCUAGAGGUGACAGGAGCUAAAGGGCUGGUUUCAACAGAUUUCUGUACAACAGGGCGUCUUUGUUUGAGGUUCUUCCUCACAGUCUUCAUUUUUAAGACCCAGAAGGUUCCUUUAUUUUAGUGUGAAGAAGUUUAAAUACAUACUGAAAAUAUUUACAUUUAAUAAAGCAUCCAUUUAUAAAACUGAGGAACCGCCUCAGAUGUUUAAUAGAAGGAAUGUGUCUCUGUGUUUCCACAUAAAACUGGUAAAAUGUCAUCACAGAAAAAUCCUGCUGUGAUGAAUCAAAGGAACUCAUCAGCAGGUUCUUGUGUUUAACCACCUUAGUUUGGCUUACAGUGGCGGGCCAUGAGUGAUGUCUUUGUCACUUAGAAGGCUGCACCACUGAGGAGGAUCAGUAAUGAUGAUUAUUAGUCAUUUUUGACAACUUGCAACAUGCUGCAUACUGGUGCAAUGAAAAGUCCCAAACUUACACCACUCUUCUUCACAUGUUUUUGCACUCUGUAAAGUUAUCCAUUGAGCCCUAUUUAGGUGUGCUGGAUCUGGCUCUCAGGGAACCCAUUUGUACUAAACAUGUGAAGCUGACACUUGAGUAGAAAUCUAGAAUAUUUCCAUUUGAAAAAAGCAGUCUUGAGAUUGAACGUUAUACUCUGGCAGGUUCAAUUAAAGGUAAAAUAAGGUGUAGACUUUCAAAUAUUUAAGAAAGGCAAUGUGGAAUAAUAAAUAUGUUUAGAAGUGGAAAGUGGAAAAAGGUAAAAAUAUAUAGGAAAACUACAGCCUGACAAUGCAGCAGAUAACUUCAUGUACCAGUGAAACCUGUCACCAGUGGAUAAAAAUAUCAUUUCUUGAAAGAUGAUGGUUAUUAAUCUUCUAUUGAAGAUAAAAGCCUGAAAUUACUCAGAAACAUCUUCAUAUUGUAUAUAAAAGAUGGGAGUCAUAGCUGGUGGUACAGUCCAGGCUAUGGCACCAUGUUGUGGGUUUGGAUCUCUUAGUUGGAGGAGUCAGAUCUCUCGGCUAAAUGUGGCCCUGUCUGUAACUUGGACACUAAUUUGGACCAAACUGUUAUUUCUUUUCUGAUUUUUAUGUCCAAAUGCUAGAAAAUUAAGAUGAGUUGAAACUGUAAAUUUGAUUUUCUGUUGUAAACAAGUUGCCUCCAAGGCUGGAAGUGAAAGCCAUCUUUAACAUUUUGGUACUUUUGCCAUUAUUGACUCAGAUGAGCUAGGACACAAAAUCUGGGUACAUGUGUCUGCUUUUAUUGUGAAACACUAGAGGAAUUCCUUAGUUUUUACAAAUAAACAAUAACCAUGAGUGAACAAGGAUGAAGAAACCAUGAGAAAAACAGGCCUGUUUGAGAUUUUACAGUACUUAUUGUUUUAUUGUCUCUGCCCUGCUCUCUGUAGCUGUGAACUGUGCUCCAUCAACCCUUGAAGCUGCUAACCCUGUACUGUGUAGAUCGGAGAUGUCGGAGAUGUCCAACCUUACCCUUAAGUCCUACAAGCAUCCUGCAUUAGCUCUCCUUAUACCUCUUUCACACACAAACACACACUGCUCAUUAUUAGAAUCAGUUAGCGAUUUAUCUUAUUCAGUUUGAUUCAGUUUGUGCCUCUCAAGGAAUUUUUAUUCUCUGACUGCCGAACUGAACAAUCUUACUUGUGUCACAUGAUAUUCCUGCUUUAAUUCACCAAACAGGCGUUGACGGAUAGAGGUGGUGCAGACAGUCCUCUAUAGGUUUAAUCAGAUGGUGUACAUGUGAGGACUGAUAGGCACCUGUAUUUUAUAACUUUUGCACAUACCUGCUCCAGUUUUGUAAAUUUCGCUUUAUGCUGACAUCAUAAGUAAUUGUUACCUUCAGUAAUCAUCAUUAUUUCCAUUUAGGAUCUGAUAAUGGUGUUUUAUUAGGACCACAGAGAUUUUUCUCCGGGAGAUCUGAUUUCCAGAGAUGAAGCUGCAUCAAUCUUUUAUUCACAGUAAUUCAAACUAUUUUAGCUGCUAAAAUUAUUACUGUAUUUUUCGGACCAUAAGGCGCACUGGAUUAUAAGGUGCACUAAGCGAAACAAAACAGUCAGAUAAGUCAAACUUUAUGCAACUCAUUCUUCUUGCUCCCUCAACUUCCGUACCAUUGAUUCAUUAAUGCUGAAUCCUUUUGCAGCUGCUCUAUUCCCAUGUUGUUUCAGUAUAUUAAUGACUAACCUCGUAUUGUCGAUGGAUUAUCUCAGUUGUUCUCCUGACUAAUGUUUGGUCCGUUUACAGCAUCCUGACAUGCGAUUGCAUUUGUCGAAAUCAUCAGGAACCCUUACGUUAACUUUUAUUGAGUGGAAAAAAGUUAGUGUUCAUCCUCCAGCUUCACUGAUUUUAUGUUAUGCUAACAUAACUGUGUCGCUAGCGAUCACGUAGCACAUCAUUAUAUAUCAGCUAGCCCAACUUCAGUAACCCUACAAAAGUCACUGCUGUUUACUUUUCUGUCUUCAUUUAUGUUGGAAGUGAUAGCAGAGCUGUAUGUUUUAAUUUGUUUCAGAAAUCUCUCAGUCAGAACAUGCUAUAUCAUGUUUAGAUGGAAACUAGCGAGCUAACUUCCAGCUAACUUCUAACUCCAUUAAAUUUAAUAAAUUCUGUCAUCAUGGAUGCCUUAAUUGUUACACCUGGUAAAGCAGCAACGCUGAUCAUUUUAUUAAAGAUGAGAGAAUUUAGACAGUUUUUAAAUCUCAGUGAUGCCGCAGUGCUCGUUUGACUUUGGGACCUGAAGCAGACGGAGUUUUGGACCCAGAUUAUUCUGCAAGGCUCCUGACUACAGUAGCCGUAAUGCUCUGGUGCGGCUUCGUAGCUGACCAAAGUCGUAGUAAAACAUUUUUUUGACCAAUUUUUGAGCGCCGAGCACCACAUAAAAUCAGUUCAAGGUCAGUAAGCACAACCAAAAUUCAUACAUAUGGUGCACCGAAUUAUAAGGCCUACUGUCCAUUUUUGUGAAAAUUAAAUAAAAAUGCUUUUUAUUCACGGUUUUACAUGCAAAAUGCAACAUUUGGUUAAACAACUUAUCUCAGCUGUUUUCUUUGAGUAUCUUUUUUAAUGUGUUGCAUGCAGAGAUUAAAAAAUUACAAUCAAACCAAAGCCAUCUGAAACAUAUAUUUCACACCACUUCCCAUUAACCUGAAAAUGCCAGUGUCUGUAAAAUCAUGAAUCAAUCUUAAACUAAACUAAAUUUAAAGAUUUCCCAGCAUAAAGCUUUCAGUUUGGGUGAUGUUUUGUAACAAUAACUUUAUGGUUUCAUCUGCUUUUUGUUUAAGUUAGAGUUAGCAUAAAGACAUUUAUAGGAAUCUUUUUUUAAAUUUGAAUGGCAAGCUUUUUAUCUGCACUCGUGAUAAAACCCCUCAGAGGCACAAACUGAUGCUUGUGGCUCGCACAUUUUGCAGCAUUUUGGACAUUUUCCAACACGUCUGAAAAAGUGACUUUUUGUUGGAAACCUGCAAAGUUUUCUUAGUGCAUGACUUUGACUGCAUUAGCCCAGCAGUCGUACAAACCUGGGGAUGUUGUGUUGUACUGGCAGUAGUGGAAUUAGUUUCCGUCUGUGUGAGUGUGAAGCUGCUGCCCUCCAUCGAGAACCUUUACUGACACUUCUCCCAAAAACAGCGCUGCCAAACUGGUCUGAAUAAGCCAAAAGUUUCUGUGUGUAGAAGUGGUUUAAGUGUUUCACAUGUUAGACCUCCACCCAUCAAUGUUACAUCGUGUUUUUAACUAAAAGAAUCCUGUUUGUUAAACUGUUGAUAAUAUAUGCAGAAGAGUUAUGAAAUAAACAGAAACUAACUGGAAA